AUAAACACGGCCUCGCAGCUAAUCACCAGUUCGGAAACAAAACAGCGCUGCGCUCGGGAAUCUGGGCAAAAUCAGCCCUCCCUCCCCUGCUCCUUCGCCGCCGCCCUCCCCUCCUCGUGCUGCUCGGCUCGCUCGGCUCGCUGGGCUCGGCUCAGCUCAGCUCAGCUCAGCAGCCGCCAAGCCGAGGCGGGCACAGUCUCCGAGUCGCCGACGCCGGCUCCGAGCUCCCUCUCCCCGCCCGGGCUCCGCCAGGUCUCGCCUCCGCCCGGACCACUUUGGGCAGGAAUCGCGUGGUGAGGGCCAGAGUCGGCGGCACAAAGUUGGGAGCCCGCGAGGAUGAGGCUGGCCCCGGCGCCCCUGAGGCUGAGCCGGAGUCCGGCGCUGCUGGCCCUGGCGCUGCCCCUGGCCGCGGCGCUGGCCUUUUCGGACGAGACCCUGGACAAAGUGCCCAAGUCGGAGGGCUACUGCAGCCGCAUCCUGCGCGCGCAAGGCACGCGGCGCGAGGGCUACACCGAGUUCAGCCUCCGCGUGGAGGGUGACCCCGACUUCUACAAGCCGGGAAGCAGCUACCGCGUAACACUUUCUGCCGCUCCUCCCUCCUACUUCAGAGGAUUCACAUUAAUUGCCCUCAAAGAGAACAGAGAGGGUGAUAAGGAAGAAGACCACGCUGGGACCUUCCAGAUCAUAGAUGAAGAAGAAACACAGUUUAUGAGCAACUGCCCUGUUGCUGUCACUGAAAGCACACCACGGAGGAGAACGCGGAUCCAGGUGUUUUGGAUAGCGCCCCCUGCAGGAACAGGCUGUGUGAUUCUGAAGGCCAGCAUUGUACAAAAACGCAUUAUUUAUUUUCAAGAUGAGGGCUCUCUGACCAGGAAACUCUGUGAACAAGAUCCCACCUUUGAAGGAGUGACUGACAAGCCAAUCUUAGACUGCUGUGCCUGUGGAACUGCCAAAUACAGGCUCACAUUUUAUGGGAAUUGGUCUGAGAAGACACACCCCAAAGAUUACCCUCGUCGGGCCAAUCACUGGUCUGCGAUUAUUGGCGGAUCCCACUCCAAGAAUUACGUGCUGUGGGAGUACGGCGGAUAUGCCAGUGAAGGCGUCAAACAAGUUGCAGAGUUAGGCUCACCAGUGAAAAUGGAAGAAGAAAUUCGACAACAGAGUGAUGAGGUCCUCACAGUCAUCAAAGCCAAAGCCCAGUGGCCAGCCUGGCAGCCUCUCAACGUGAGAGCAGCCCCCUCAGCUGAAUUUUCAGUGGACAGGACACGCCACUUAAUGUCAUUCCUGACCAUGAUGGGCCCCAGUCCUGACUGGAACGUGGGCUUAUCUGCGGAGGAUCUGUGCACCAAGGAAUGUGGCUGGGUCCAGAGGGUGGUGCAAGACCUGAUUCCCUGGGAUGCGGGCACCGACAGUGGGGUGACCUAUGAGUCACCCAACAAGCCCACAAUUCCCCAGGAGAAAAUUCGGCCCCUGACCAGUCUGGACCAUCCUCAGAGUCCUUUCUAUGAUCCAGAGGGUGGGUCUAUCACUCAAGUAGCCAGAGUUGUCAUCGAGAGAAUCGCCCGGAAGGGGGAACAAUGCAAUAUUGUACCUGACAAUGUUGAUGAUAUCGUAGCAGACCUGGCUCCAGAAGAGAAAGAUGAAGAUGACACCCCUGAAACCUGCAUCUACUCCAACUGGUCCCCGUGGUCCGCCUGCAGCUCCUCCACCUGUGACAAAGGCAAGCGGAUGCGACAGCGCAUGCUGAAGGCACAGCUAGACCUCAGUGUCCCCUGCCCCGACACCCAGGACUUCCAGCCCUGCAUGGGCCCCGGCUGCAGCGACGAAGACGGCUCCACCUGCACCAUGUCCGAGUGGAUCACCUGGUCGCCCUGCAGCAUCUCCUGCGGCACGGGCAUGCGGUCCCGGGAGAGGUACGUGAAGCAAUUCCCGGAGGACGGCUCCGUGUGCACGCUGCCCACCGAGGAGACGGAGAAGUGCACGGUCAACGAGGAGUGCUCGCCCAGCAGCUGCCUGGUGACCGAGUGGGGCGAGUGGGACGAGUGCAGCGCCACCUGCGGGAUGGGCAUGAAGAAGCGGCACCGCAUGGUCAAGAUGAGCCCAGCUGACGGCUCCAUGUGCAGGGCCGAGACAUCCCAAGCGGAGAAAUGCAUGAUGCCCGAGUGCCACACCAUCCCAUGCUUGCUGUCCCCAUGGUCCGAGUGGAGCGACUGCAGCGUGACCUGUGGGAAGGGCAUGCGGACCCGCCAGCGGAUGCUCAAGUCCCUGGCCGAACUCGGAGACUGUAACGAGGAUCUGGAGCAGGUGGAGAAGUGCAUGCUGCCCGAAUGCCCCAUUGACUGUGAGCUCACCGAGUGGUCCCAGUGGUCAGAAUGUAACAAGUCAUGCGGGAAAGGCCACAUGAUUCGAACCCGGAUGAUCCAAAUGGAGCCUCAGUUUGGAGGUGCACCCUGCCCAGAGACUGUGCAGCGAAAAAAGUGCCGCAUCCGGAAGUGCCUUCGAAACCCAUCCAUCCAGAAGCUGCGAUGGAGGGAGGCCCGAGAGAGUCGGAGGAGUGAGCAGCUGAGGGAGGAGUCUGAUGGGGAGCAGUUCCCAGGCUGUAGGAUGCGCCCAUGGACAGCCUGGUCAGAAUGCACCAAACUGUGUGGAGGUGGGAUUCAGGAACGCUACAUGACCGUGAAGAAGAGGUUCAAAAGUUCCCAGUUUACCAGCUGCAAAGACAAGAAAGAGAUCAGAGCAUGCAACGUUCACCCUUGUUAGCAAGGGCUCAAGUUCCCCAGGGCUGCACUCUAGAUUCCAGAGUCACCAAUGGCUGGAUUGUUUGCUUGUUUAAGACAAUUUAAAUUGUGUACACUAGUUUUCAUUUUUGCGGUGUGGUUCGCCCAGUAGUCUUGUGGAUGCCAAGGACAUCUUUUCUGGUGAGUCCUGGCUGGUGGGUCCUGGCUGAGUGGGGCUCUGCCACCUUCAGUCCGCCCUCUUCCUACACAGAAGUUAGUAGUGUCAACCACCCUGUACUAAACUGAAACAUGUCCCUCUGGAGCUUCUGCCUAGCCAGGCAAGAUAGAGACCGUGGCUUCCACGUGGAGAGGCAGCCAUGUCUGGAGAUGCCUAUGUUCCUGGGUCCCAGGGUAUUUCCUUAUCAGAUAAAGACAGCAGAUUCCCUUUGUUCUCAUCUUUGGCCUGUUCACUCUUGCGGAAAACAACUACUGCCCAUUUCUUUUCAUUUAGUGGAACUUUAGGUUUCUUGUAAAGUCUCAGUCAUCAGUAGUUCCUGGGGAAGACAGAGCUGCUAGACUUGAAGAGGAGCACUGAUGUUGGGUGGCUUUUCUUCCCUCACUGAGAAUCCUGAAUACAUUUAUCUCCCUAACAUUGGUUCCUGACACCCCAAAGAAAAAAGAUGGCUGCUUUAUUUAAAUGAAAGUAACCAGUCCUUACACCUGAGAUAAAAUAUACUAAGUGUAUAAAGUAUUUUUCCCUUGCUUUUUUCUUCUUCUCUUGCCCACAAGUCUUCUAAGAAGCCAGCCCUAUGUACCUUUUGGUACUAAAUCCUUAGAACUAAGGCCAAGGCAGCAAAAUUGGCCUAACAGUCCCCAGCCUGAGUUUUACAAUCUUAAGAUCUUCACAUUUAGACCUUCAAGUUUUCAAAUCCGUUUCUAACAAAACAUUUUGUUAUACAAACAUUUUGCUAAGUCUGCCCAAGAAUCUGCCAAGUCAUUCCUUCAACAAAAGGACUUCCUCCAGAGAGAAAUACCUUUUCACUCUGGAAAAGGUAUUUCAGAGACCAAGACAGAAAAUCUAAGAGAAAGAAAUAUUAAGAAAUCAAGCUGAGCAAGCAAUUCUGGUGGAAAGUCAAACCUGUGUCAAUUAUCCACACCAGGGCAGCCUCUCCGACAUGCACAGAGAAGGCCUUCUCAGCAUCACAAGCACACCAAGUUCAGGGAAAUUGACUACGGAGGAUUAGUGUUAAAGGACUUUUUCUCAGUUGAGCCCAUCAGCAGUUUUUGCUCAUGCAUUUAUUGUUAAAACCAUUGUUUCAUUUCUUCUGCAGGCCUUCUUUAUUACUGCUUAAUCCAAAUAUGGACUAUGGAUAAGAUGCAUACAAUGCUUUGAAUACACUAGGAAUUUGCAUUAAACAAUCAGCAUAUUUCCAAACACGGCAUAUAAAUGCUAUAGCCCUGAGUAUGUAUUUUCUUUAACACAAGAUAAGACUGUUCAAUUAAAAAACUCACUGGGUCUGUCUUUCGUGUUUUUAAACUAAGUGUUCAGAAGGUUGGGUCUUUUUAUAAUUAUAAUCCACCUUGAUCAUUUUCAGUAAAAGAUACGUCUUUUGCUCCCUCAUACUGGAGAGGACUUUACCUUAUCGCUGCCACUUUUGAGUUGUUUCUGCUUUCUUCCCCCAAAGGAGCAUAAUAUUAAUACAAAGAAGAGGUUUAAUUUUCUACUUGGACAAAAAAGUCCUGGUACAGAAUCUGCCUACUUUCUCAACACUGUUGUUAAGAAGCAAGCUACGCUAGUAGCUCAUGCUUAUUUGGUCCCUCCUGGGUACAUUUCUAAUCCUAAUUGGAGAAUUAAAACCAGGUUAACUGGUUAAUGGCUGAGAAUGAGUAACAUGAUUCUUGUCGGAGAAAUGUUAUCUUUGUUUGCAAUGGGGAACUUCUAAGAAAUGUCAAAUCUCUUUCUUACCAAAGUCUUGUGUUAGGUGGUUUAUAGUUUUUCUGGCUAACCAAUCAUUUUGGAAAUAAAGACUUUUUACUACAAAAAUGAAAUGUUUGGACUUCCACUUGAGAUAGACAUCGUUAGACGUCCAGUAAAAACUGACAUAAAAAAAGUUGUAAUUGUUGUGUACCUUUUUAUCAAUGCCAAAUCAGUUGUAAUCCAAUUUACAUCCACAUUUUAAGAUAACAGUAAGUUUAGAGAUAAAUUUCCCAGUCAAGCUUUGGGUCAAUCACCUGUCACCUUGCCAAUGCAUUUUAUUUGAAGAAAAUCUGUUGUAGCAAAUGAGAAUAAAACCUGGGCUUCUUUAGACCCAGAAUAAAAAGAUUUUGUGCUGUUUUUAAUUUGAAUUUUGAGUAUUCAACGUAUUUUAGACAUAAUCAAAGUCUAUACUCCUUUCAGGGAGUAAGAGAACAUGAUACAUUCUCACAUGACUACAACUCUCCAGACAUAGUCCAAGUCAAGUCCAUGGCUAAAAUGUGCUAUGGUUGGAGUUUGUAUCCACCAAAACUCAUGUUGACAUAUGAUCCCCAAUGUGGCAGAGAUGGGAAGUUGGCCCCAGUGGGAGGUGUUUGAGUCAUGGGGGUGGAUUCCCCAUGAACAGCUGGGAGCCACGGGAGUGUGUCAGUUGUAGUUCUCCAGAAACUAGAUUAGUUCUCAUACGAAUGUUCCCAAGAUGGUGAGUUGUUAAAAAAAAACCAGGAUGUCCCCCUCAGGUUUUACAUCUCAAAUGUGUCUACUUCCUCUUUGACCGUCUCCAUUAUGUUACGACAUGGCAUGAAAAGACCUCAGUGGAAGCCAAGCAGAGACCAACACCAUGUUUCUUAUAAUUCCUGGCCUGUAGA